UAACCCUCUGAGUGGCAUGGCACGCAAGAAAGGAGUGGGCUGGUGUGCGAGUGAAUGAGGCUUAGGGCAGGGUGGUGGUUUUUGAGUAUGUAAAUGAGGGGAAUUAGGGUGAAAACUAUUAAUGUGUGCAUUUUAUGAUGAGUGCGCAGUUGUCUACAUUAAAUAUUUUGCACAUAAAAAUCCAUAUUAUAAGAUCUAGUGAACUAUUUUAGAUUUUGAUUUCUAGUUUUCAUCAAACAUGGGUAACUGUUUCAGCCGCUCUGCGAAUAAGAAUGUGAAAAAGGGGGAUCCAUCUGGACCCGCAACUGCAGAAAGAAAUAUUGAUAAUGGACCGACACCUAUAAGUGUUCUUGUCCCUGUACAGUCUCAUGAACCUACCAGUAUAAGACAUCCUGAUGCUGUGGUGCGAAGUGGUCCGAUGCUACCUCCAGUACCUAUGGACACUGAAAAUAUAUCUGGACAUAAUGCACCUAAAGUUUUCGUCGCCUUGUAUGAUUAUGAUGCUCGCACAGACGAGGAUUUAAGUUUUAAGAAAGGUGAGCACCUAGAGGUGCUUAAUGAUACGCAAGGAGACUGGUGGUUUGCCAGAUCUAAAGCAACUAAGAAAGAAGGCUAUAUCCCCUCAAAUUAUGUUGCAAAAUUGAAAUCAAUUGAAGCAGAACCAUGGUAUUUUGGAAAGAUCAAGAGGAUAGAAGCAGAAAAAAAACUACUCCUAGCAGAAAAUGAGCAUGGAGCAUUCUUAAUUCGUGAUAGUGAAAGUCGUCGCAAUGACUUUUCACUUUCAGUCAAAGAUGGUGAUACUGUAAAACAUUAUCGCAUUCGCCAGCUAGAUGAAGGUGGAUUCUUCAUUGCUAGAAGAACAACUUUUCGCACACUUCAAGAGUUAGUUGAGCAUUACAGCAAAGAUGCGGAUGGUCUUUGUGUCAAUCUCAGGAAACCUUGUGUUCAGGUUGAGAAACCAACUACUGGUGGACUUUCACACAGUACUAAGGAUCAGUGGGAAAUUGAUCGUAGUUCUCUAAAAUUUGUUCGAAAACUAGGCCAAGGCCAGUUUGGGGAAGUCUGGGAAGGUCUAUGGAACAACACUACUCCUGUUGCAAUUAAGACUUUGAAAACAGGCACAAUGGAUCCUAAAGAUUUCCUAGCAGAAGCGCAAAUUAUGAAGAAAUUGCGCCAUCCAAAAUUAGUGCAACUAUAUGCUGUAUGUACAUUAGAAGAACCAAUUUAUAUCAUAACAGAAUUGAUGAAAAAUGGAAGCCUAUUGGAAUUUUUGCAAGGGCGAGGAAGAACGCUAAAAUUGCCACAACUUAUAGACAUGUCUGCACAAAUAGCUGCUGGAAUGGCUUAUCUUGAAUCACAAAAUUAUAUCCAUAGGGAUCUUGCAGCACGAAACAUUUUAGUAGGAGACAGUAACAUCGUUAAAAUAGCUGACUUUGGACUGGCUCGUUUAAUUAAGGAGGAUGAGUAUGAAGCAAGAGUUGGUGCGAGAUUCCCUAUAAAGUGGACAGCCCCUGAAGCUGCAAAUUAUAGUAAAUUCUCUAUAAAAUCAGAUGUUUGGUCUUUUGGUAUACUUUUGACUGAGCUUGUCACUUAUGGCCGAAUACCAUAUCCUGGUAUGACAAACGCUGAAGUGCUGCAUCAAGUUGAGCAUGGCUAUCGAAUGCCAUGUCCUCCUGGAUGCCCUUCUGCUCUGUAUGAAAUAAUGUUAGAAUGUUGGCAUAAAGAUCCUAUGAAACGACCAACUUUUGAAACAUUGCAAUGGAAACUUGAAGAUUUCUUUACCAUGGAGGGAUCUGAAUAUAAAGAAGCAUCUAUAGCCUACUGACAACUACCUCCACGCCCUAGGUAUGAAUGGGGUGUGCAGCAGCUUGGCAGGAAUGUACUAAUUCCACACUAUGAUCUCAAUGGAUAAAAACUUUGCCUGUGAAAGAUGGUUAUAAACCUUUCAAAUUUCUGACUCUAUUUGUUGUGAAUUUAAAACCAAUCAUGUUAGCUUUUUUCAGUUGUCAAGUUCUAUAGUUUACCUCAGAUGCCACUGAAAAUAAAUUAAGUUUUAAGUCAAUUAUGUAAGUUCUUACCUUAUGCAGGAAUACUGAAAUAUAUGUGAUGAUUGAGCAACUGUGCUUAAUAUGUGAUUUUAAAUUAUUUUCAGCCUCAAGUAAUGCGAUUUCGAACUUAACUAUUGACCUGAUAAUGGUAAAAGAAUAGAUUUAGGAUAAUAAUGUAAAUUAAUUUUUAUCUGUGAUGCUGUAGUAAUGUGGCUUAUGGUGUCUUCGAAUGACUUCAUCAUCAUUAUAAUGUCCUAAAUGUAUAGCAGUGUUCUGCCAAGUUUUGAGUCUGCUCUCUUAGUUGAGUCUUGUCAUAUUAGCUGGUUGGAAACAUAUGCAAUGAUGGUUUAGUCAUAUUUGUCCUCAUGUUGUAUUUAUUAAUAAAGUUUCAUUAUUUCACUCUUUUAUAUACUCAGUGCUGCUUGAUUCAAGUCAGAUUUUUGAUACCAAUGUCAUAAUAACUUGAUUAUUGCAAGUGCUAAAUCUGUACAAUUUUUCCAGUUUGUCAUACCUGUAUAGUAAAAGAAUUAGAUGCUCAUGUUGUUAAUGAUAGAUUAGUGUAAGUUUUAUAGACUAAACAUAUGUCUAAUGCAUCAUUUUUCUUACAGCUACUUAAUGUUCCGUGAGGUUAGAGCAGUAAAUAAUACUGGGGCCAUGUCAUCAACUAUAUUGCCUUAAGAGUAAAAUCUAGCUGCUGUGCAUAUCGUAAUACUGCUGUGCCUCUGGAUGGAAAAUAAUUUUUUAAUAAAAUAUUGUAUACAAAAAUUAAGUUUUUAAAUUUUCAAGCAUCAAUGCCAUGCAGAUGCCAUAAAAGUUUUCUAAUUUUUAACUAUUUUUAUAGUUUUGGGUUCACAGAUUUCUUUAAUAAAUAUCCUCUUAGUAUCUAGCAACUGUUUAGUGUUUAAUAAGCAUCCUUUGUGUAUAUGUAUGUGAAAAAUGUCAUUGAAACUUAAUUAGCAAAUUAUGUGAUGCAUUUAUAAAUUUUGUAUGUCAAUAUCAAUCAUUAGUUGUAUUUUAUUUGUAAAAAUAAAGUUUUCCAGCACAAUUUGAUCCUGCAGAUUUAUGGAAAAGUGUAUCUAUCCAUUUCAAGGAUGAUGCCUUAACUUUAAUCCAUUUCUUCAAUAAAACUGUCAGGCAGGUGACUCUGUAUUUAUGAAUUAUGUUGAAUGUAGUAUUUUCAUUUUGAAGUCAUCAUCUUCUUUUUCAUCAUUGAACACUUGCUUUCGUGAAAUAUGACUUUUGUACGACUGUCAAGUACCAUUACGUGUCGCUAAAAUUGUUUCAAUUUUUAAUGUGUGUAAUAAUUAGUUUGUAUUAAUUGAGUUAAAAUAAAAUAUUUUAUCUUUUUUG